AUGUCAAUGCCAGGAGAUUCGUCGGGUUAUCCGUUUGAAGGGGCGGCGGCCUGCUUAGCUGUGGCUCCAAGGACAAUCAAGUUGUUGUCUACGAUAAGAGAUGGGGCUCGUCUAUUUGGGUCAAGAGAUUCGAGCCAUCCUCUGCUGGAGCCCCGGCUCCAGGUUGAGCUGAAUAUUCCGGUUGACUGGCUUGUGGAGGAGUUGCGCCUUGACUGCCGGGCGAAGGAAGAGGGAGGGGAAGGGCAAAGGGGAGAAGAAGGGGAAAGGGAGGAGAGGGUGGCGGGAGGUGGCAUUGGAGGAGGUGCUGGUGGAGGAGCCGAUGGUGGUGCUGGAGUUGGAGGAGGUGCAGGUAGUGGUGGUAGUGCUGGUGGUGGCGUUGGAGGAGAUGCUGGUGGAGGAGCAGGUGGUGGUGUAGGAGGUGGGGCUGGUGGUGGAGUUGGGGGUGGAGCAGGCGGGAGAGUAGGAGGAGGGGGUGAUAGGAGGCUGCGUUGCGUUGUUGCUGCGUCUGCGUUGUUGCUGGGAUGA